UAAGCCAGAGAGAGAAAGAGGGGCUUCGUUCGAAUUAGAUCCUGAAGGGUACAAAGAUUCAAAAGGCAGCAAUGUACUCACUACGGUUUCUAAGUGCCGAGGCGCUGGUGUCCAACGCAGACCUUGUAAGAAAGAAUCUGGGCAGUGUUGCUCACGACCUCUUCCCUCUUCUUUUCAAAGCAAGUUACUUACAGGAGCAGGGAGAAGUGCUUCAUGACCUCGUGGAAAACUGGCCACUGCCGGAACUUAAUGUUGGAAAGCUAUUGGGAAAGACCUCCGAUCACCAGGAAGACAUCAGCAGUAGAGCUUGUGCGGUGUGUCUUGCCAGCUGCCUGACAGGACUGAGAGACUAUGUGAUGAAUUGUUCCUCACCCUAUGCCAAGAGGCUCAAAAUUGUGGACUUAACCGGCAUAAAGGAUGUUGAAAUUCAGUUAUGCAAGUGUCGGAGAACAAUGGGACGGUGGGCCAGAACAGAGCUGCUCUCAAAGAUCUGUUACGAUCUGCUUGUUGACAUGGAGAGGCUGCCGUUCAAUCCAGAGGUUUUUGAGAUUUCCGUUGAUGUCCUCAUAGAUGUCUUUGUGACUGAGCGAAGCUAUGAGCUGGUUGUCCAGGCCUUGCUGACGAGGUGCCACUGCCCACUUAAAAUACGCUGCAGGGCCUUCAGAGUGGACAGCCUGGCCCUUAGGAAGCUCUUCUACAUUAUAAAGCUCGCAGAGCCCUCUUCACUUCGCAAGUUUGAAGUUGUGCACAAUGUGCGACUGGAAAUGGGACAUUUGCAAGUGCUGUUGAAUAAUGUUCAGUUUCCUCAGCUGACUUCACUCACACUCCCAGCAAGGACUUUUGAUGUGCGAAGUUUCACUCCAGAGGAUGAUGCCGAUCUGGUGAGAAUAGGUGAGAAGCUGAGCCAGAUGACUCGACUGACUGAGAUAAGUGUGGCAUUUUCCACUUUGACAGGAAAGAUCCGCAAACUGCUCAGCCCACUGAAGUCCCCACUGAAAGUGCUGGAUGUUUCUAAUUGCUCCUUAAACCACGUUGACAUGGCUUAUUUAGCCAAUAGCCUCCAUUCCAACCACCUGGAAGUUCUUGACAUCAGUGGACAUGAUGUGGCUGAGCUAUACCCAUCCACCUUCUUCAAACUUCUCAACCAUUCAUCUCACACGCUGAAGAGCCUCACCCUUGAGGAAUGCAACAUUCAAGACAUUCAUAUGAACAUGCUGAUUUUGGGAUUAGUCCCUUGUAGGAAACUGGAAGAGCUGAAGUUCCUUGGAAAUCCUCUGUCUUCUCGAGCACUGAAAUGCCUUUUCAAUGUUUUCACUGAUUUUCCCAAGCUGAAAUAUAUUGAAUUCCCAGUUCCAAAAGACUGCUAUGCAAGCGACGUAGGUUACCCUAUUGAUGAAGCAAAUCUUUCAAAAUUUGACCAUCGGAAAUAUGAAAUAAUAGUGGAAGAACUGAACAUGAUUUUAAGACGGGCCAAGCGGGAGGACAUUAAGGCCUCGACACCCCUCUAUGGAGGUUACGACGCUGCGAUCCAAGAAACAGGCAACGAACUAGGGUCGUCCUUGCUGAAUUCUUUCAAGGAGACCUUGCAAAAUUUCUGCAUGGCUCUUCAGAAAAUGAGCUGAAUGAAUUCUGAAGCUUUAUAAAUUCAUUAAUGAACUGCAAACAUUAAUCUGUGCAAUUUAUUUUGAUAGUAUAUAUAGGAUACAUUUCUGCUGCAGAGGCAUCCUGCUGUCCAAGCUCUGAUGAAACGAAGACCUGCUAUAGAUGUUGGGGAGCUACUUUCCUCCCUGACUUCUAUAGCAGCAGCUUAUUCCUGCAGCAAGCUGCAUCCUUCCCCAUUCUCCUACCUUAAUGAACCUUCAGGAAAAAACUAGAACUUCCUGUUGCUUAUGGCAGACUACAGCAGCAAGUGGAAAACUUUCAUUUUUCAAGUAAACACCCAGUACUUAUGCUAAAUGAUGGUUGUUCUAGGUUGCUAUUUUUGUUGUUUUGCACUGAGGCAUUGGAAGGCUCUGGAACAGCCCAGAGAGCCACAAAAAUGCCCCCAUUGGUCUGUAGGCAAGUCAUGGAUCAUGUUUUGCCCACCUCAGCCCUAGAUUCUUACACUCAGGAGAAAUUCCACAUGACAGGUUCUCACUUGGAGCUAAAACAGCUCCAGACUCCAUGCAUUUUGGAGUGCUCAGAAUUCAGCUGAGACUUUCCUGACAACCUCUUUCCUCUUACCAGAGAUCAUAGACAGCUCACUGACAGAGCAGGUGGCAUUCCUUGCGUCAGCAUUUCGGGAUGAGUCCUACUGGUGUUUGCCUAAAUUCUGUGUAACUUACUGCAACUAAAUACAGAUAACUGAUGAAGUCUUGUGGCAUGCCUCGGUCAUGUGCCUAGUCAUGUGACCAAUUGCAUAACUGAGAUCCCCCCAGCACUAAUCAAUUAACGCUACUUAGCUGCAGUAAGUUAUACAGACCGUACUCAAGCACACCGUUAGGCUUCCAGUUAUUCUGUAUCUGUGUCCCCACUUUCUGAUACUGAACGGUUCUUCGUAUGUUUAAUAGUAAUUAUGCCAUAAUUUAGAGCAGUCAACAUGCAAUUAAACAUGUUAUC